CAUUUGCAAAACUGCGCGUGGUUUACGUGUGUGGAAAGUUUUUGUGUAGUACUUAAGUUUUUUAAAGAGAUAAAAACUAUUUAUAGUGAAAAUGAGUUCUACAAUAGAUCCUGCAAAGUUAAAAGUUGUGGAUUUAAGGUCUGAGCUUUCGGCACGUGGAUUAGAUACCAAAGGAAAUAAAGCGGCUUUGGUAAAACGUUUAAAAGAUGCGUUGGAACAAGAAUUAAAACAAGAUAUACCUGACACUUCCAUCGCAGAUACAUCCACGGAAGAUCUAGAUACCUCACAGUGUGAAGAACGAUCUCAAGAAUCACCUGAGAAAGAGAGUACUAUAGCAUCUGCCUCAGAAACUAUAGAGUUGGGAAAACCAAAAUCAGAAACUGCUUCUGAACGAUUAAGUGAAACGAACGAUUCUAAUUUAGAAUCUUCUUCUAAAUCGGCUGCUCCCGAAAUCAAAGUAGAUCAUAUUGAAGAACCUACAUUUAAAAUUGAAGCUAUAACUCCUAAAGAAGUAAAUCAAAUGAAAAUGGAAGAAAAUGGAGAACAUUCAGAACAGAAAGAAAAUACAAAAUUUGUAUUAUCUGAUGAAAUAUCUGAAAAAGCUGAAAAUCAAGAGUCCUCAGAAAGUAAAGAACAGGAUGCUCCUAAAUCAGAUGAUUUGGAACAGAAAGGGGAAAAACGCAGAAGAACAAGCAAUUCUCCCGAAAGGUCCCAGCGCAGAAGAAGCAGAUCUCCUAUCAAAGAAGACGAACCUUUACUUGAUAAUAACAAAGUUCAGCUUAGUUGGUAUGACUCCGACCUUCAUCUUCAACUUGAUAAAGAAUCAUUUUUAUCCGCAAAGCCCUUAACCGAAGGGGCUUUUGGCUAUGCAUGGGCCGGAGUCAGAGCCACGCACGGUGUCUCCUCUGGAAAGGUGUGUUAUGAGGUCAAACUGACAGAGCAGAUAAAAUGGGAAGAUUUUUCAAAAUACUAUGAACAGCGGGGAGGUAGAGACCGAUAUAGAACAGAUCAUAGAAAGAAUCAGAAGAGGGAUAAAGAUAAGAAAGAUGUGGAAAAGAAAUCUGAGGAAAAAUUAAAAUCUGAAAAUGGGCAAGUCAAAGAUGAAAAGUCUACAGAAAAAGAGGAAAAAUGUUUAGAGACGGAUGAAAAAUCUACUGAAAAAAAUGAGCCUACUGAAGAGAAGGAAAAUUUAUCCGACAAGGAGGACCAAACAGAGAACAUCGCUGAAAAAGUAGAGGAUGCUUCAACAGAAACGGUAGAAAAAUCUAAAGACGUAGAGCACAAAACUGAAAAAACUGAUGACAAAGAAAUGGAAGUUGAUACUCCUGAAGAAAACAAAGAUCUAAAAGAAGAGCAAAUGGAUACUACAGAAAGCAAAACAGAAACUCAACCUGAACCUCUUCCCACUCAUUUGUUUAGAGUAGGGUGGUCACUUGUCACUUCAAGUUUGCAGCUUGGAGAAGAAAAAUUUUCAUAUGGUUACGAAUCCACUGGAAAAUUUGUUACAGAUAAACAAUUUACGGAUUAUGGAAUUACAUUUGAAGCUGGAGAUGUUAUAGGUUCUUUUUUGAACAUCGAUGCAGAAAAUGUAACUAUUACUUACACUGUUAACGGGCAAAUUCAACCUAUUGCCACAACUAUCCCAAAAACGGAUUUUCCUGAUGAAGAUUUCAGCCUAUUUCCACACGUUCUUUCAAGGAAUUAUGCUUUUGAAUUCAAUCUAGGCGAAAGAGAAGAGCCAUGGUUUGCCAUACCGUCUGAAUUGGAAGGUUAUAUAUUUUUAAGCAAAAUCGAAGAUAAAGUUUCUGGACCUGUAAGACCGGAAAGUCGGGGAGAGUGCGAGGUUAUAUUAAUGUGCGGACUACCUGCUUCUGGAAAAUCACAUUGGGUUAAGGAGCAUGUUACGUCGAAUCUUGAUAAGAAGUUUACUGUUCUUGGAAAUUCCAAUUUGUUGGAAAAAAUGACGGUAUCCGGUGAACCUUUGAAAAGAAAAUUUAAAGGACGAUGGAGUUCGCUCAUGGACAAACUUCAAAAAAGUUUAAAUAAGUUGAUAACAAUAGCCGCCCUCCGCAGAAGAAACUACAUUAUAGAUCAGACAAACGUGUUCCCAUCAGCCCAACGCCGUAAAAUGCGGCCAUUUGAGGGCUUCAAGAGACGUGCUGUGAUAGUUGUAGUUGGAGAUGAAGAACAAGCUAGACGUCAAUCUUUGCAAGAAGCUCAGGACGGUAAAGAUGUUCCCGAUAGCACCAUACUUGAAAUGAAAGCUGCCAUGUCAUUACCAGAAAAGGGGGAUUGGUUGGAAGAAGUUACGUAUGUGGAACUUGAAGAAUCUGAAGCUAAAGAAAUAGUGAAAAAAUAUAAUGCUGCAGGUAAAGAAGCUGGAUAUGGAAGCGAAAAAAGGUUUGGUCGAAGAGACGACAGAUGGCAAAAUAGAAGGAAUGAUUUUCGUGGCAAAAAUUUCCGUGAGAGAAGCUACCACAAUCAGAGGUACGAUUCUAGAGGUCCUAGACAAGGAGGAUGGAAUAAUCAGAGAUCUGGAGGAAAUAAUUGGAAUAGGGACCGACGUAAUAAUAGGGGUCCCCCCAGUCGAGAAUGGAGAGGUAGUGGCCAUGAUCACGGAUCAAGAGAUGUUCACAGUCAAGGAGGAAAUUACAAUAGGCAUCGCCCGCAAGGUGGUAACAGGGGUCAUGGCAAUUGGUCUGGUGGCAACUGGAGUGGUCAGGGUUGGAAUCAGCAAGCAUUUGGUACUGGAAGUGGUGGAUACGGGGGAAAUCAAAAUUGGAAUAACCAGUGGAAAUAUGGUGGUGGUAGCGGCGGAUCGGGUAGUGGACAGCAAGGAUACGGGAGCGGUUACGGUAAUUGGAAUUAUUACGGUCAAUAUGGGCAACAAAACUGGAAUAGUCAGAAGUAGUCCUGUCCCUCCGAGAAUCAUAAUCAAGGAGAAUUUAUUUAGUAAACCUAAAAUUGAAUUAUAAAUUCGUUUAAUCUAAUUC